AUGCCGCUGUCGCCACCGUCGCCGGGCGGAUCCAGGGAGGCCAGCCCGUCCAAGGCCCCCAAGAAGCACCCCACCUUCCACAUCUGGCGCUCCAAGAAGAAGCAGUCUCCGCGGUCCAAUUGUGGGGUGUUCGUCCCGCACCCGCCCACGGGGCUCGGUGAGACCGGAGCUUUGGGUGUGCCAGAUGGAAGCCAAGAGGAGUCCCAGGAGUUCGCACUGCAUGGUGGAGAACCACAGUUAUCUUACAACCCCAGUGAGGUACCUGGCCCUUCAGCUACAGAGUCUGCAAUGUUUAAAAAGUCCAGAGCACAACCACCAGAAGACACCAGAAGGAAGCCAGUAUUGGGGAAACUUGGCACUCUUUUUACCGCUGGAAGGAGAAGGAACACCAGGAACGGGUUAGAGAGUCCCACCAACUCAAAUACCAAAUCGGCUUCUGCUAAACUCCCUGAAACGGAGAGUGAAAAAAAUAAGGCUCAGGGCAGCCAACCAAAGCCAACCAACGCGGGCUCCGGGCAGGAGACAGAGGGCCAGCCUGCACAGAGCUGUGAUCAGACAACCCCCGGCGAUGCCGAAGUGACACCUUGCUCCAACAGCAGUGUAGGGGUUGUGCACCCGUGCCACGACAGUGAUUCAGCCCAAUUAGAACCUCUGCAGGCAGAGGGAGAGACUUUUCCAAAUGCCACCACCACUGCCAAGGAGUUGCAUUCCUCACCGGGGAAUUGCUCCGGGCAGGAGAGCUCAGAGACGCUCGCCCGCAGUCCGGGGGAGGACGCGUUGCCAGGCGCUGCUGGCCUCCAACCAGAGACAGCGAGGGGUGUGUCGGGGUCGCCGCCUGAGGAGCGCCUCGUGAGAGGACUAGGAGAGGCCCCCGACGGAGCCCCCGGCGUGGGUGCCGAAGCGGGCUCUCUGGGGGCCACCGGGGAAGCAGUUGUGCCAGGUGAGCCUCCCUCCGUGGGUGCAGAGACCAGCCGCCCAGCCCGUUCCGUCGACCGCGCGCAUCCCGCCAAAGUGCUAACUUUGGACAUCUACUUGAGCAAGACUGAGGUGGCGCAGGUGGACGAGCGGGUCCCUAUAGCUCCGGGGACAGACGCUUGCGACGAUUCGGACGACAUGGAGAGGAGGUCAAGCGGCCGCCGGUCCGGCAGGCGGAGGAAGUCGCAGAAAUCCACGGACUCCCCGGGCGCGGACACUGUGGCGACCGAGAGCACGGCCAAGGACGACGCGGUGUUCGACGACGAGGUGGCGCCAGACGCGGCCGCUGAGAACGGCUCGGCGGAAAGGAAAGUGAAAUCGGCACACGCGACUCCCGACGCGGGCGCAGUCUCGUCCGCCAGCCCGGAGCCCAAGCCCAGCGCCGGCCCCCGGGGACAGCUUCGAGGCGAGCCGGACCGCGGCAAGCAACUGCCGCCCGCCUCGUCGCCCACCAAGCGGAGGGGUCGCAGCCGCGUUCCCGAGGCGGUGCCCAGCCCCGGACCGCGCGCUCCGGCCAAGGAGUCUCCACCCAAGAGGUCACCAGCCGCGGCGGACGGCGGGGAGGAGGCGGGCCGUGUCGUCCCGCGCGAGCUCACAGUCAGAAGCAGCUCCCUGCUGCCUGAGAUCAGGCCGGAGCACAAGAGGGGCCCACUGCCCCACCACUUCGACGGCCGGGGCGACGUGGGACGCAGUCGAGAGUCGGGCAGAGGAUCAGGAGCAUCCGACGCCGACAGCCUGAAGCCCAGGAACCAUUUCGGUGUGGGCAGGUCGACUGUGACCACUAAAGUGACCCUCCCUGCUAGACCCAAACAUGUGGAACUGAAUCUGAAAACCCCGAAGACUUCUGACAGUUUGGGAAAUGAGCACAGUUCCUUUAGCCAGCCAGUUCAUAAAGGAAACACUGCCAACAAAAUCUCCUUAUUUGAAAACAAGCGGGCUAACGGUAGCCCCAGACACCCUGACGUCCGUAGCACAAGGAACAAUCCUCCCUCUAAUAAGACAUUUGUUGGGAGGGCUAAGCUAAACUUAGCCAAGAAAGCCAAAGAAAUGGAGCAACCUGAAAAGAAAGCCUUACCAACCAGCCACCAGAAUGGUCUGGUGGCCAAGGAGUCACCCACAGACACCAAAGGCACGGAAGUCCCUAGCCCUAGAGAAGAGAUUCUUCCAGCCUCCAUAGGUGGGGGAGGAGAGCCCACCGAGAAUCAGGUCCUCUGCCCUGAGCCUGAUCAAAGUGAUAAGGCAGAUGUGCAGUCAGAUGCUGCCUGUCCUUCACAGCCAGUGCCCACUGCCCUGGUUCCUGUGAAGGAUGCUGAGCUCUCAGGAGAGCACCACUCAGAGGCUGCUGACAGCAAAACCCUUGUUCUUGACAACGUAAGUAAUACUACACAGGACAUCCCUGCCGUUCUUAAUGCCACAGAGUCCCCCCCAAAGCCACAGGGUGCAUUUUCUGACUCACAGCCCACAUCUGACUCAUCUAGGGAGUUUUCUGUCCUGCCUUCUGCUCCCCUUCCUGAAAACACUCUCCAAGAUAGCUGCGUUCAAGUCCCCAUCCGCACUAUCCCAUGCACUGAUCUAAAAGUAUCCGAAAACUCUAACGAAUGUGAUUUGUCUCACACUGAGAAAAUACCCAUCUCCAAACUUGGAGGAGGAGAAGCCAGCUCCACCUCAUCACAAGAGCACAGUCCAGAAACUGUGGGCAAUGAGUGUCCAUCCAAGGUCCUCGUCCAGGUCCGGUCCUUUGUACUUCCUGUGGAGAGCCCUCAGGAUGUGAGCGCUCAGGUCAUCUCGGAAAGCUCUGAAGUUAGAGAGGUGCAGUUGCCGAGUUGUCACAAUAACAAGCUUGAAGUCAUUUCUGUGGUCCCUUGCGCUCCCCAGCAAGAGGAUGGACCUGGCACAUCACCCGAGCACACCCACUGCAGAGAGGAGCAUGUGGUACAGUCUCGCCCACACAUCACACAGCCAGAACCUGUCCAGACUCAGAGUCAGAGCAGAGGGACAGCCCCAACAGCCGAGUUCAGCUCCACCCACUCUCCUACCAGCAAAAGUCACCCAGAAAGUCCCCAAAGGCCAGGACAAAAUGUUACCAGCCAGAAUACCCCUACCAGUCUUUUAAACACUUCUGCUACUAGUGAUGAUAGUGUCUUUGAUUCUUCUUCUGAUAUGGAAAAAUUCACCGAAAUUAUUAAAAAUAUGGAGAGCACAGUAUAUGUGCCCCAGAAGAAAAAGAAGGCCAGGAUCCCAAACUCUCCAGCCCCUCACUUCGCCAUGCCUCCAAUUCACGAGGACAGUUUGGAAAAGGUGUUUGAUCCCAACGUGUUUACCAUCGGCUUGGGGAAGAAGAAGGAGAGCCAGCCAGAAAUGUCACCUGCUUUGCAUUUGAUGCAGAACCAUGAUCCCAUGUCCAAACUGAGAGCGAAGCGUGCAUCCACGGAGCAGAGUGCCCUCUUCAAGUCCUUGCAUGCUAACACUAAUGGGAAGAGUGAGCCUCAGAUAACUUCAGACAUGAACGACAAAGAGAACAGGGACAUCACCAACGGUGGAAUUAAGAGGUCGAGGCUAGAAAAAAGCACGCUUUUCUCAAGCAUGCUUUCUUCUCUGCCUCAAGACAAAAUCUUUUCUCCCUCUGUGACAUCAGUCAACACGAUGACCACAUCUUUUAGCACUUCCCAGAACAGAUCUGCAUCUCAGGCUUCAGUGGUAGAGCCCAGGAAGGAGGGUGACCCGCCCUGUGGCUCAGACAAAGAGCAACCGCAUCUUACACCCCUCAGCUCCUUAAAGGUCUUCAAUUUCAACUCAUCAAAUAUGUCUCAUUCGAGUUUGAAAAGUCCAAGCCAUAUGGAAAAGAACUUGCAGAAAGAGGAGAUCAAGGAAGACCUAAGUUCUCGGAGCACCCUACCCUUGCCAGAGUACAGACACUCUGACUUACCCAAACUGAAGAACACUGAUGACACGGAAAAGACUAACCUCGUCGAAAGUGUUCUCAAGUCCAAUGUGCAGAACAUCGGGGCCACUGACAUGGACUUUUUGGGCCUUUACAAAUCCAGCCGCUAUGACCCAGGCCUUUCUUUUUCUGCGAUGUCGUCAGCAGAUCCUCUGACACUUAGAGGAAGUGCACACAGUAAACUCAAUCCACGGCCUGGGAAGAUCGUGAUAUUCAGUGAGCCCGACGUCUCUGAUGAGUGCAUUGAGGUGUUUGGGGACAUCAAGGAUUGCAGCUCUUGGAGCCUCUCUCCGGUGAUAGUUGUGAAAGUUGUCAGAGGAUGCUGGAUUUUGUAUGAGAAAGCCAAUUUUGAAGGGAACUCCAUCGCUCUAGAAGAAGGUGAAUUGGAACUCUCUCAUCUCUGGAGCAUGGAGGAUAUUUUGGAUGAAGAAGCCGAGUCUGAUAAACCUGCAGUAAUUGGUUCCAUCAGACAUGUGGUUCAGGACUACAGAAUUAGUCAGAUUGACUUGUUUACGGAGCCGGAAGGGCUAGGACUCCUGAAUUCCUACUUUGAUGAUACUGAGGAAAUGCAAGGCUUCGGUGUGAUGCAGAAGACAUGUUCCAUUAAAGUGCACUGGGGCACGUGGCUGAUCUACGAAGAACCUGGAUUUCAAGGUGUCCCCUUCAUCUUGGAGCCCGGCGAAUACCCGGACUUAUCCAUCUGGGACACUGAAGAAGCAUACAUUGGAUCCAUGCGGCCUCUGAAAAUGGGUGGCCGUAAAGUUGAAUACCCUACAGAUCCCAAGGUAAUUAUUUAUGAAAAGCCCUCCUUUGAAGGAAGGUGUAUGGAGCUAGAAACAGAGAUGUGCAGUUUUGUCGCGGAGGGAGGUGAGACAGAAGAAACGACUGAAAAUGACCGGCUGCCCUUUACUUCGGUGGGGUCCAUGAAAGUCCUAAGAGGCGUGUGGGUUGCGUAUGAGAAGUGUGGCUUCACUGGCCAUCAGUACUUGCUAGAAGAAGGAGAAUACAGGGACUGGAAAGACUGGGGAGGAUACAGUGGAGAACUUCAGUCUCUGCGGCCAAUAUUAAGUGAUUUUUCAAAUGCUCACAUGAUAAUGUACAGUGAGAAGAACUUUGGCUCCAAAGGCUCCAGUAUUGAUGUCUUAGGAAUUGUUGCUAAUUUAAAGGAGACCGGAUAUGGAGUGAAGACACAAUCAAUCAAUGUGCUAAAUGGCGUGUGGGUAGCCUAUGAAAACCCUGACUUUACAGGAGAGCAGUAUGUCCUGGAUAAAGGCUUGUACACCAGUUUUGAGGACUGGGGAGGCAAAAAUUGUAAGAUCUCUUCUGUUCAACCCAUAUGCUUGGAUUCUUUCAAUGGUCCAAGGAAAAGAAAUCAGAUUCACUUGUUUUCAGAGCCACAGUUCCAAGGCCAAAGUCAAAGUUUUGAAGAGACAACAGAUCAAAUUGAUGAUUCAUUUCUGACUAAGUCUUGUAGAGUUCUGGGAGGCAGCUGGGUUGCUUACGAUGGAGAAAAUUUCUCCGGCAAUCAGUAUGUGCUGGAAGAAGGCCAUUACCCUUGUCUCUCAGCAAUGGGGUGCCAGCCUGGGGCGACCUUGAAGUCUCUUCGCUUCAUAGAUGUGGAAUUUUCUGAACCAACAAUUAUUCUUUUUGAAAGAGAAAACUUCAAAGGAAAGAAGAUUGAACUGAAUGCUGAAACAGUCAACCUCCGAUCCAUGGGAUUCAACACUCAGAUCCGCUCUGUUCAAGUCAUCGGUGGCAUAUGGGUUACUUAUGAAUAUGGCAACUACAGAGGCCGACAGUUCCUACUGUCUCCUGCAGAAGUGCCAAACUGGUAUGAGUUCAGUGGCUGUCGCCAAAUAGGUUCUCUCCGGCCCUUUGUUCAGAAACGAAUAUACUUCAGACUUCGAAACAAAGCAACGGGGCUGUUUAUGUCAACCAAUGGGAACCUAGAGGAUCUGAAGCUUCUUAGGAUCCAGGUCAUGGAAGAUGUUGGUGCCGAUGAUCAGAUCUGGGUCUACCAGGAAGGAUGCAUCAAAUGCAGGAUAGCGGAAGACUGCUGCCUGACGAUCGUCGGCAGCCUCGUCACGUCUGGCUCUAAGCUGGGGCUGGCCCUUGAUCAGAAUGUCGACAGUCAGUUCUGGUGCAUGAAGUCCGAUGGCAGGAUCUACAGCAAGAUGAAGCCAAAUCUAGUCUUGGACGUGAAAGGAGGUGCGCAGUACGAUCAAAACCACAUCAUCCUCAACACAGUGAACACAGAGAAGUUAACACAAGUGUGGGAAGCCAUGGUCCUGUGACCCUGAACCGAGAAUGCAGGAGUGUUUACAGCUCUUCUGGCCACCGUAUUGAAGAAAAAUAAAAUUACAGAGCUGAUGCACUGAUGGAGAAGCCAAGUGGAAAGUGGACCGAAGGCUAUGGCAGGGAAAUUAUCUUUUCAAAGUCGUUUGAAUUUGAAGCCAAUAGUUUGCUGUUCUUGUUUCUUGCCUUGGGUUUUCUCAGUAACUCCUUAAACAGGUUUUGGGUGUAGAUGUUCUAAAGAUCAAGACCACGUUGUAACUUAUUUCCAGAGACAAGAGGAGACAAGACCUCUGAGUGUUGAAGCCUGGAUUCCCUCAGAUUGCUUGUCAGAAGACUUAGCAUCGGAGGCUGCUUUGCCAGACUUCUGAUCCACUGCCUUAACAUUUAGCGCUGGAUGGCAGAUUGGGAAACUUCUAUAUACUCAGACAUGUUCCAAGGAGUUUAGCGAGUAUAAACAAAACACUAUUUUCAGUUAAUGUUCAAAAUGAAUAAAUUUGUAAAUGUU